AUGACAACUUAUAAUAACUCGAACAACAGCGGCGGAGGUAACAACAACAACAACAAUAACAACAACAAUACUGACUAUUCCAAGAAGGAGGAAUUCCGAAGAUACCUGGAAAAAACUGGUGUGCUCGAUGCGUUGACCAAGGUGCUAGUGGGCUUGUACGAAGAACCCGAGCGUCCAGGAAAUGCGAUUGGAUACAUCAAGCAGUACAUGGGAGCUCCUACCAAUGUCGACGUUGAAGGACUGCAGAAGGAAAAUGCUGAACUCAAACGACAAAUCGAAAAGUUAAGGAAGCAAGCCGGAGAAAAAUAG